AUGGAGGGUCUACAGAGACGUCUGCCUGUAGCUUUCCUCCUUAUUCUGCCUCUACUGUGUGUCAGCGCUGUCUCCAAUCCCAAAACUACAGUUUCCUGGUGUGUACUGUCUAAUGCUGAGGAGCGGAAGUGUCUGGAUCUGGCCGGGAACGCCACAGCUCGGAAUAUUAGAGGAACAUUGCAAUGCGUCCGUGGCCUGAACACCAGAGAUUGUAUCAACAGAAUCAAGAAUGGGACAGCGGACGCAGCCUCCAUGUUUGCAGAUGACAUUUAUGCUGCUGGCCUCUGUCAAGGACUGGAUCUGGCUGCUGGAGAGUCCCACAACGGAGUUAACGGUAUUAAUUACUAUGUGGUGGCGAUGGCUCGUCGCUCCUCAUCAGACCUGUCCCUGCUGGAGAUGCACGAACGCAGCUCCUGUCACCCCGGCAUGAGAACCACAGUGGGAUGGACCGUCCCUAUUGGCUACCUGGUCAACACCUCCCAGAUCAGCGUAGGGGAGCAGUGCAACUUCCCCAGAGCGGUCGGAAACUUCUUUGGUUACAGCUGCGUGCCGGGUGCCAAAGACCCCCAUCAUGACCCCAGAGGCAACAACCCGAGGAACCUGUGUGAGGCCUGCAUAGGAGACGAGUACGACAGACACAUCUGUGCCAGCAGCAACAGAGAGAGACACUACGGAGAGUCCGGGGCAUUGAGAUGCGUCGCUGAAAAUCUGGGGGAUGUGGCCUUUGUCAAGCACACAACAGUCUAUGACAAUUUGGACGGUAAGAACCAGGAGUCCUGGGCUCUGGACCUGGAGCUGGAGGACCUGAAGCUGCUGUGCCCAGAUGGGACUGAGGCCGGCCUGGAUGAGCAUGAACACUGCCACCUGGCCGCCGUCCCCACUAACGCUGUGGUGGUGCGUGUGGAGGACAAGUGCCGCGUCUGGAAGUUCCUAGAACGCUUACAGAACGCGUUUGGCAACGCCAAGGAGGGCUUCCGCCUGUUCAGCUCAGCGGGCUAUGGCGAAUCUGAUCUGCUCUUCAGUGAUGCCACCCACCACCUGCAGAGGGUUCUGGGUAGCUACUCCUCCUGGCUGGGCCCCACUUACACCACCAUGCUGCAGGCCUUCGAGUGUGAGGAAAGCUACAGCGACUGGGAUGAAGAAACAUGGCAGCCUGAGAAUUGGGAGGAGGAAAGCGAAACCCUCAGCACCGCAGAGAUCCCCACUGAGACCACCGGGCAGAACCAGGAGGAAUACCUCCACAGAUAUUACAAGGAGCUGCAGGAGGCUCAUAUAAUCAAGCAGAAGAGGUUUGCUUUGGAGCUGCAGGCUGAGAGGAGGACAAAUGAGCCUCUCCAAGAUGAACUGGAGAAACUAAGAGCUUCAUACAAUGAGAUCAGUAAAAGGUAUGAAGCUGACAACCUCAGAUCCAGGCAGCAGGCCACCCACCUGAAGGCGGAACUUGAGAAAGCAGUCAAGUCUCAGAGAGAAGUGGAGGAGCUGACUCAACUCAAUGUUCAGCUCUCAGCGAUGAGGGAGAGAGAGGAUGUCAAGCAUCAGGAGGGGCAGGAGGAAAAGGAGCUCUGCAGCCCCCCCGCUGUGGGAUACGACGCCGAACUACCUCCUAUCGAACAUCGCCGCUGUGACGCGGGAAGCUCCGUGAACAUCGCCCCGGUGAAGUGCCCCGAGCUGGUCGGUGAGCAGCACUGCUCCUCUGCACCUGCUGGUGGCACUAUUGAGCUUCCGUACCCUGAGCCGCUAUCUCCAGCACAUCAAGUGUCAGAUAAAAGCAGGAACAACCAGCCCCUGCCUGCCAGGUUCCCUGGAUCCCCACCCGCCUCCACCCACCCUCCCCUGGAGCUCUGA